UAAAAUUCUAGUAAGUGUAGUGUUACUAAACAACGUGUUAAUUGUUUGAUGAUCGCACAUACCUUUCGCUUGCCAUUUAAUGUGGGUAUAAAAAUCAUGUUGAGAUCCUGUUCCUGUUCAAGAAUGAAAUUAUUAGUUGUGUUAUUUCUUGUUUGUAUAGUUUCUGCAAAGAAGCAGAAACCGCGAAAGCUAUCUUCUGAGCAGGCCAAGGCAGUUCUUGAUGAGUUAACGUACAUCAAACAACAGCAGAUCUAUAAUAUAGAGGAAAUUGAAGAUGAGGAACUUGAAAAGGAAAUCACAAAAGAAGCAGAAAAGCAAGUUAAAAGUUUUAUCAGAAAUCCGUGCAAUGAUAUUAAAUGUAACCAAGGGGAGAUAUGCGCACUAAAUGAUAACUACGAGGCCACGUGCACAUGCGCCGAGUUCUGCAUAGAACCUGAGUAUCCAAUUGAAAACAGCGUCUGCGAUACAAACAACGUAACAUAUCCAAGUGAAUGUGAAUUCUAUCGUAGGAAGUGUUUGAUGCCGAAGUUACUAAACGAUGUUGAGUUGGAUUACCUUGGUUCCUGUUUAGACGUUGGUCAGAUGUGUUCACAAUCUGAUCUUUUGGAGUUCCCUCAUCAAUUGCAACAAUGGUUCUACACAAACAUGGAGGAGUUAACUGCGGGAGAAUCGGUUAGCGUCGACCUUACCUCCAUUUCUCAGAGGGAGAGUCCUAUUCAAGACCAGAGCAAGUCAUCUAAACAGUUUUCAAAACCACUGAAAUAUCGAUUUAUAAUGAUGGAUAAUGCACCACAAGACAGAAUGUUGAGUCACUCUGAAUUGCGCCCUCUUCGUUCACCAUUAGUUGCGACCCAGCCGUGUGUUGUACCUUUCCUAAAUUCCUGUGAUACAAACCACAAUAGCUAUAUUCACAUAGACGAAUGGUUGGCAUGCUUUAAAUGAAUGCUUUAGUACCGGUACUGGAUUUAUAAUAUUUUGGAAAGUAUUUUCAUAUCUAUCAUUGUACGAUCAUAUAUUAGGCUUAUCCAAAUCACAGUGAUGAUAAUGAUAACAACAUUAAUAAUAGGCCUAAUAAUAAUAGGCCUAAUAAUAAUAAUAAUAAUAAUAAUAAUCAUUAUUAUAGUAAUAAUAAACGUGUGCUACCAUCUAAGUGUAAGAGUGAAAAAGAAUAACUGUUUCACUAGUCUUUGACUAUUGAAUAAAAUCGAGUUGAAAGUA